CCGCCUCUCCUACUCGUGCGGGCACGCCAGACGCCACCGACGCCUUUCUGCUGUCUCCUCAUCGUACACUAUCGCAUUCCUUGCUUGACCCCCAUCCACGACAACACUCAUGGCACCUAACAACACUCGUGGUUACAUCUUCAUCGGCUUGAACGCCGUCCGGGUGCUGAGUAUCAUCGCGCUCCUCCUGCUCUUUGCCAGCAGCAUCGUUACCCUGGUGCAAGAUAUCAAGGCUGUCAAUGCUUUCAUUGCAGAAGGCAGCCAUCAGGAUAUCCUUGUGUCCUCUGGAAACUCCACGCAGACGGAAGAUUGCUCAGACAUGGAUUACGUUCCUGGUAGUACCGUGCCAAAUCAGCCCGCAGGAGCUUUCUGGGCAGUCCUCAACCGCCUCUUGAUCAUAUUCCAAGUCAUCGUGCUUGUGAUGUCCGAGGCCGGCUGGCCCUCUGCCUUCUUCAGCCGCUUCUUCCCCGUUCUGGGUGAUGAUUUCGGCCUCGGUGCUCUCGGUGUCAUUCAAUGCCUGCUGGGCGCGGCGGUGCUCUCGCAUCACGUCGACGAGUUCUCGCUCGUCUCCGCGUUCUUCCUCUUCUCCAUCGGCUGCCUGAACAUCCUCCUCGGCCUCAUCUUCCGCGAGAAGGCGAAGCCCCGCCGCGCGCUCAAGGCGUGGAAGGAGACGGACGACGUCCUCCCCCGCACGUCCCUGCGCUCCGGCCCACGGCCGUUCCUCACCUCCGCUAGCACUGGCUCGAGCAACCCCGUGGCGCCGUGGGACGAGAAGGGCGCGGAAGCGGCGCGCAGUGGCACUCUUCUGGGCCAGAAGAGUGGCAUGGGCUUCGGGAGGCAGGGGGAGAAGGCAGCGCUCGCGCGAGGACACACUUUGACCACGCCCGAGCCAACCUUGCCCCAAUAUGUCCCCCGACCCACCGCCACUCUCAGCCCGGCCCCGACGUACGUCUCGCGCACUGUCCGGUACGCCGAGCCCGAGCCUGAGGCAGACGAAGAGGGCCGCCGCAGCUCCGGUAUCAGUUACGCGAGCGCAGAAGCCACACACUCCCCGCACGCAGUCUGAGACUGCGGUACGAACAUUCACUCCUCUGGACUCAUGCAUAUCGCGGACGACACACGAGGAACGACGUGACGGCGCCACACUCACUGUACGCUUAACCCUGCUUAAUACUCCCUGCGGGGUCGCGUCCGAGCUUGGACUUGGACGGCCCGCACGGAUGGUGACGGACUCUUGGUGCUAGCAUCUCUUGGGUCCUCUGGAGCUGAACACUGUAUACUUACGCCGAUCUUUGUCUCGCCCCACCUAUUGUAGCUCUUAGUCAUCCACUGUAAAGUAAUGCCAUUCUGUCUUUGGAUUCCCGUGUAGC